CCAGUAUUUCGAACAGGCAUAUUCUUCAGAUUCCUUCCGUAACCACGCUACACGUUAUAACAGCCCCAACAUGUCCACCUCCGGCCUGCCAGACACUGGCUCAACCUACCCAGCCACAAACUCCGACGCCAUCACCUUCUCAAACAAUAACGACCCCCUGGGCGCAUCUUCUGACGCCACUCCUGCCGGCAUACAGGCUGAUGCAACCCAACCUCGUGGCUCCAGUAUCCCCGAGCACCCAGUCAACUACUCGGAUGCAUCAAACCCCUUGAACUCGCACCAUCGUCCGUCGCUGGGAUUGGACGGCGAUUCGAAGGUGUCAAGUCUACAGGGCGACACAACGAUUCGUCGUGGGACUGUCGCACAGAACGCUCCUGGCAAGCUCGGUGAUAGGGGCGAGAACAUCGUUGGCGCCAUGGGCUUCGGAGGGUCUAGCGUUGAAAGACCGAAAGCGGAACAAGGACUUGGCGAGAAGAUUGCGAACUUCUUGGGCGCUUAAAUCGGGUUUCCUGUCGGACAUGUUGCGGUACACCUUGAAUAUAGAACGGUGACUGCUUGCGCCAUUAUGUAUGAUGAGUGAUCGUUGAUGAAGAUGCUUUCCGUACAGA